AUGGUAUUCUUUGAGCUCGAGAAAGUUCUGGACUUUACUGGAGCGGGUGUUAGACCGAGUGCACUACGAAGCACCAUUUUCUUGGUCGACCCGAAACUGAAUAUCUUGAAAAAGCUCAACAGAGACGCUCGAAUGAUCGAGCCUAUUGGCUGCAAGAGAGCUCACAUAACUGCGAUGAAGGUGUAG